AGCUGAUUCUUUAUAAUGUCAUGUGAUGCUCCUCAGUCUGUGUUUCUGUCUGUAGGCUGGUGGUACAUGGCAGCAAUGAAGUGCAUUCUGGGUCUUGUGGUCCUGGUGGCUAUCUCAGUUUUAGCUGAAGAGGAGAUUGUUAAGGUGUUGACUACUUCAGAUCGAAUUGAGAGAGUCAACAGAGAUAUUGUCCGCUCUGCUGAUGAACCCUACAUUGAGGAUGAUGUUGCAUAUGACUCUGAAGCUGAGAGAAAUGCAGAUCCCUGCACAUCGUCUAACUGUAUGUGGCCCAAGUCUGAUGAUGGAAGCGUCUACGUGCCUUAUAUCAUUUCCAGUGCAUUCUCCUCUCGUGAGGUUUCGAUCAUUGAGCGAGGUCUGACAUCCUUUCAUGAUGUGUCUUGCAUCCGUUUUGUCAAACACACCAACCAGAGAGACUACCUGAAUAUCCAGUCCCUUGAUGGAUGCUAUUCCUACAUUGGUCGUCGUGGAAAUGGACAGGAUCUGUCCCUGCAGCGUACUGGCUGUGUUUACCACGAUACUGUGCAGCACGAGGUGCUUCACGCUCUGGGUUUCCACCAUGAGCAGAAACGCUCUGACCGUGACAGUUACAUCCGGGUUGUGCUGGAGAACGUCAUUCCUGGGAAGGAACACAACUUCCAGAUAGUCAAUACACUGAACCAGGGAACCACCUACGACUACGGCUCUGUGAUGCAUUACAGCAAGUAUGCCUUUUCUAAGAACAACGAGCCCACAAUGGUGGCCAUUCCCGACCCUAACGUGCAGUUUGGCAUGGCCACCGAAAUGAGCGCAAAGGACAUCACCAGGCUUAACAACCUGUACAAUUGCUGAACAGUCUGAGGUGAUCUGGAACAUGCACAUCUACAAAUCAGAAUUAAAAUCAUCAUUUUAUAUAUCACCGUUGACUCUGGAUCAGCUGUGAUUUUUCCCGCCAAUAAAUUUCCCUUUCCCCUGAA